AUGACUGAAAGGCAGGACCUCAACACCGUACUGCAGGGCAUGAACGCCCAGAUCCAGUCCCUGCAGCAAGCACAGGCUACUACUACCCGGGAACUGGGGGCCGCGAAGGCAAAAUUCGUGGACGCCGAAAGGAUGUACAUCAUCCUGCAUUUGGAGGUUUUCGAAACCCUUCUGUUGUCCAUGAUGGCAGUGGACCGCUACAUUGCAGUGGUGCAUCCACUUAGAUACCCUUCUCUAGUUUCAAACAAAGUGAUUUGGGUUGUGGUCUUACUGUCCAAUGCUGUUGGUAUCAUGGUCAUUACCCCGUUUGUCAUGUUUGCUAAAGAGCUUCGUUUUUGUCACACUAAUGUCUUGCCAUAUUGUUUUUGUGACUACACCACGAUGGUUCGAGUGGCAUGCAAUGAAGAUCCCAAGUAUUUAAUUCUUAUAUCUACAGUGGCCGCUAUCCUUGGUGGAGUUCCAUUGCUUCUCAUCCUGUUCUCCUAUGGCAGGAUUGCUCAGGUGGCCCUCCGAAUUUCUUCUACUGAUGGCAAAAGGAAAGUUUUCAGCACUUGUCUCACUCACCUGCUGGUUGUGGAGCUUCUUUACAUUCCUCUACUGACCUCGUACAUAUUCCCCGGGGCAGGAGUACAACUGUCUGCUGAGACCUACAAUACCAUGGUCAUUGUGGGGAAUAUCGUCCCACCUAUGAUGAAUCCCUUAAUCUAUAGCUUCAGGAACAAGGAGAUAAAGAAUGGCAUUUACAGACUUUUUACAGGAAAGAGAACUUCACCUGAUAUGGACAAACAUUAG